CGCAGGUCUGGGCAGGACGCUGUACAUGCGCGCUGCCCACGUGGGCGAGUGGCUGGUGGACUGUGAGCUCGUCCACACCUCGUCCACCUCGUCCACCUCGUCCACCACCUCGUCGCAGGGCAUGUCCAUCACCUACACCGUGCUGGACGGACAGGAGUGCGGCAAGCCACUGGGCAUGCAGUCCGGCCUCAUCACGGACAACCAAUUGUCAGCCUCCUCCUACGAUGGCGAAGAGGAGUGGGCCCCAUGGAAGGCGAGACUCGACCUGGGUGGGCGCGUCAACGCCUGGACCCCCUCCUCGUUCGUCGACUCCUGGAUACAGGUGGACCUGCUGCGGGUGAGCGCAGUGAGCCAGGUGACGACUCAGGGAGCCUCUCGCUGGCUCAGCAAGCAGUUCGUGACCUCCGUGGAGCUCGCUUCCAGCGGGGACGGACGCAGCUGGAGAGCGUACAGAGCGCAAGACGCAACGGGGGGCCCGCUACUGUUCAUCCCCGCCAACAACGAUUCGUCAUCGCACGCCCACGUGGCCCUGGACCCGCCCAUCGUUGCCCGCUACCUCCGCAUCUACCCCAAGGGGUUCAUCAACAGGCCCAGCCUGCGCCUGGAGGUCUACGGCUGCGACGCGCAAGCGUGCGGGCACAAGCUGGGCAUGGCGAGCGGUGAGAUCCGGGACGACCAGAUCACGGCGUCGUCUCACAAGAAGGGCUGGUUCGGACGGAACUGGGAGGCGCACCAGGCCCGGCUGGACAACGGCGGGAUGGUGAACGCCUGGCAGGCGAAGCGGAACGCCGUGGGCGAGUGGCUCCAGGUGGACUUCGCGCGGCUCACGACGGUGACGGGAGUCGUGAGCCAAGGCGCUCGCGAGCGCGGGACGAGCAAAUUCGUCCGCUCCUUCACGCUGCUCUACAGCGGAGACGGCGCCGCGUGGACAGCCUACAGGGAGACGUCGGGGCACGCACACAGGGUGUUCGUGGCUAACAGAGACAACCACACGUAUGCACGCAGCGUGCUGGCCCCGCCGCUGCUGGCUCGCUACGUCCGCCUCUACCCACAGACGUGGGAGACGGCGAUCGUCCUGCGCGUCGAGUUCCUCGGCUGCCCAUACUCAGCGGGGCCAUAGCCAGCACACACAGCACACACACAGUACACACAGCACACACAGUACACACACA